UCACGAGAGUUUUAUCUAAAUUCCUUCAUAUUUUGAGGCUGACCAGUGUAAAAAAGAUCGCGAAAUUAAAUUAUUAGUUUAAGAAACCAUCCUAAUCCCCGAGUAUCUGUGGAAGAAUUAUUUAUUUCCUCUACUGAAUACUGAAAAUACAGAGUUAAACUAGAUUCCAAGAAAGUCAGUCAAUACUGACAAAAAUUGAAAUUUUUGGCAAACCAUGUCCCAAGAAAAUUUACAUUCGGGACAGCUAUCUUCUCGAAUGUUGCCUUGUAACAAAGUCGAACCAACUUGAGUUAAAUGAUUUAAGAUUAAGUAUGACCAAUACAAAAUCGCAUAACAAUUUAUAAAUAACUUUUCAGGACGUGUUAAUUACACUUAGCUUUAUAAUGGAAAUGAAGGCUCACAAUCCUCCCCAGUGUUUAUCGUUUGGUUUAUAAGGUGCUACAGAACCAAAAACACAACAAGCAUUGAUUCCUUAACAAAUUGUUAUCAAAAGGCUUAAACUGAUCGGUUGUUCGCUUGUUCUGCAGUUUCAUCGCAAUUGUUUGCUAAUGGCUAUUUGUAAUCCGUCAUCUUGAAGAACCAAUCGCGAGCCGGAGUUAUAUUAACUCUUUCAAUUAAUUCUAACUAUGAAUAAUAUUGUUAAGCGCAAGGUGGAUUAUUUGCAUAUCUGACGCUUUUCAUUGAUGGAGGCAAAACAACCACCUAACGUUGAAGAAAAUGCUCUAAAACUGCGACUUUUGAACGAGGAAAUUUCACCUUGUGUCUGCUGCCGUUUAUAUGGCAAAAGCUCCAUCGAAGGAUGGCAGCCGAAAGGAGAACAAAAAAACAGCAAAAAGCGAGUAGACACUAGUCGUGGUGGUAACCAGGGGUUGUUAAGGAGAGAAAGAACAAUCCUGACUGCCUCGAGAGGRACCUUCUUAUUUCGUCACUAUGAUUCUUUGGAUCGAUACAUAAAACAGUAUCGUGAAAAUCACGCGUCGACAUGUAUGGAAAGAGAUGCACAGGAUGGAGUUGGACCAGUACUAGGUGUUGACUUACCUGAUCCGUAUUUGCCUAAGAUCGCUAGUUCAAGUGUUUUGAUAGAAAGAAUCAAGAUCAUUGAAGCUUUGUCAAGCUAUUACAGUACUGAAAGAGAUGUGAAGAAUAUAUGUUUAACUGGAAGAAAAGCUGAAGCCAAGGGUAAAGAUCUUGCUGUACAAACGCCGACGUCGAAAAAAAGUGACAACUUACUACCCCAAAUAGAAAAGAGUAAAAAUAAUAACCAUAGCAACAACUUCAGCAAUAAUAACGACAUUCAGAAUUAUAUAUCACUACCAACCGUCAAUGAGACUGAUGAUGAUUGCACCGCGUCGGAACAAAACUCGCCACAAACAGCGGGAACGGAAAAUUUAAUCACUUUGUCGGAAAGACUACGUCGCCAUCAAGGUGUUAAAGACAUUAUGCGAGUGACAAAYACUGCAUGCGAUCAGCAAAAGAAUGUUGAAAACUUUAGAAAUAAAAAAGAAUCAUUAAUUCUUCCAGCCGCAAAGCUUGUAUGUCACAGUGAUACAGGAAAAUCCCGAAAUGCKGAAAAUAACAUUUUCACAAAAAAUAACRCUUUCAAAGAACUUUUUCCUCAAAUUUCUUUAUGGACAGAAUGCGAUCCACUUAGACAUACCAAGAAGCCUGAUAGGGUUCUAGAAAAACUGCGGAUUGGAAAAAAAGUAAAAUUAUCCAAGGAAAAUUCCACAGAGGAGCUGUGUGACGAAAUUCUGAAUCUUCGUAGCUUAGAGACAAGAGAAGGAAUAAAUUCAAGAGGCGGGAAUUUGUGCUUAGGGAAAACUGUGCGGCCUGAUAUAACGCCAAGAGAACAACAGAAAAAGGUUAAAGGCAGGAAAUUUCAUAAAGAUAGCGCAUUGCAGCAAAUAUCCAGAACUGUUAAAAACAGCCCAAGAGAAGCAGCUUUUAUACGAAUAUUAGGACAGCCAAAAGGCCCAACUUCCGUACUCCAAGAACCCAAUAUGGCACCUACUAAACAUGAACAAAGAGAAGUGGAGGAUAARCCGAAAUCAACAGUCCGCAAGGAUUAUGGAAUACCUUUAAGCUACCUUCGACGUUUKGGUCGUCGCAGUUUUCAUCAUGUGCUAGAGGCGCGUUCUUACAAACCAGAGACUCGGAAAUUAGGAACAACAGUUAUUCCAAAUUAGAGAUUGUGUUAUUUGACUUCGGAAYCACAUCAUGCAUUUCACCAUUUUUAAAGACAUUUGUAAACAGAAUGAGCGGACUUGUCGGCUGUUUAAAGUAGAAUAACUGCAGAAGUACAUACUUCUGAUAACUGCUUAUAAUUUAUGAAUCAGCGGAUAUUAUAUUAUAUUUAAUGUAUAUAGUGAAUACUGUACAAAUAAACAGAUGAUAUAUUAAA